AUGGUGAACGGCGAGCCUGAACUGAGGUUGCAAAAUGCCUUGGAGAAUAGCUCAUCAGUCUACCUCCGCGCGCACAAAGACAACCCUGUAGCUUGGCAAGAAUGGUCGCCCAAGACUCUGGCCCUCGCAAAGCGCUACCAGCGACUUAUAUUUCUGAGUAUUGGCUACAAUGCGUGCCACUGGUGCCAUGUGAUGGAACGGGAGUCGUUUAGCUCUCCAGAAGUGGCCGAAAUUCUCAACAACUCCUUCAUCCCGAUCAAGCUGGAUCGGGAAUCCCGGCCUGAUCUAGAUGACAUCUAUAUGAGCUACGUCACGGCGACGACAGGCUCUGGGGGCUGGCCGUUAAACGUGUUCCUCACUCCGGAUCUCAAACCUGUCUUUGGCGGCACAUACUGGCCCGGGCCCAGCCCGACCACGAAUCUCAAGCCGGCCACUCCUCACGAUGAGGCGCCCGUGACAUUCAUUGGGAUUCUCAAGAAGAUGAAAGAUGUCUGGGCCACGCAGCGCGAGAGGUGUCUCCAAUCGUCUUCGGAAAUCACGGACCAGUUACUCGCGUUCGCGGGCGAGGGCAUUUACUCACACUCGGACAGCCAAGCGAGAGAAGCUGAACCCAGUUCGUCCGAUCCGCCCGAGCCACUCGACCUGGAUCUGCUGGAUGACGCCCUGAGCCACUUCAUCUCGCGCUACGACUCGACGCACGGAGGAUUCAGCCCGAGUCCUACGGCGCCCAAGUUCCCGACUCCGUCAAACCUCACCUUUCUUCUCCGGAUAGGGGCAGCCAUCGCUCUGCCUUCCACUCAUACCCGCUUUGGCUUCUUCAGCCCUGUUCCUGGCAUCCUGGGUCGAGAUUCAUGCCUCACAGCCGCAAGGAUGUCUCUCCAUACUCUCCUUGCCAUGUCACGGUCCGGUCUGCGGGAUCAAUUGGGCUAUGGGUUCCACCGGUACAGCGUCACCACCGACUGGAAUCUCCCGCACUUUGAGAAGAUGAUGUGCGACAAUGCGCAGCUCCUCGGCUGCUACUGCGACGCCUGGGCUUUGGGUAGGGACCCCGAGAUCCUCGGCACGAUCUACAACCUCGUCGAGUACUUUACGAACCCCGAGUCCCCAAUCGUCCAUCCCGAGGGUGGCUGGUACUCGAGCGAGGACGCAGACUCACGGACCACCCUGUCUAGCAUGAGCAACGGAGCCAUGUCGGACGACAAGAAAGAAGGCGCCUUCUAUGUGUGGACCUACAAGGAGUUCCAGGCGAUCCUCGGAGAGAGGGAUGCCGCCAUCCUGGCUCGGCAUUUUGGCGUCAGACCGGACGGCAACGUGCCUGCCCAGCACGACAUGCACGACGAGUUUCUGACUCAGAACGUGCUGCACAUCCAAGCCACGCCGUCCAUACUCGCCAAAGAAUUCGGCAUGCCGGAGGAGGAAAUCGUGCGGAUCGUCAAGUCCGGUCGCGCCAUGCUGCGCGAGCACCGCAAGACGAAACGCGAAAAGCCCGAGGUGGACACCAAGAUCAUUGCGUCGUGGAACGGACUCGCCAUCACCGCUCUUGCCCGCGCCGCGAACACUCUGGCGACAAUCGACAAGCACCGUGCCACGAGAUGCCAGGAUGCCGCUGAAAGGGCUGCAGCAUUCAUCCGGAAGAACAUGUAUGACGAAACCACCGGACAGCUGGUGCGGGUCGCAGCAGACCGACCGACCUCGCAGCUCGAUCAUGAUGCCGACACCACCAACACCGCCUUUGUCGAUGACUACGCAUACCUUGCCCUGGCGAAUCUCGCCCUGUACGACCGGACCCUUUCUCAGCCGUACCUCGAUUGGACUAUUCGGCUUCAAUCCUACUUGGACGAACACUUCAUCGCCAGCACUACAGGAGGAUACUUCCAGUGUCCCAGGCCGCGCGAGUCGUCGCCGACCGAACAAAUCAUCCGGCUCAAGCCCGGGACCGACAACGCGCUGCCCUCCCCGAACGGCGUCAUCUGCACCAACCUGCUCUACCUCUCGUCGUACAUCCAAUCUCAACAUCCAUCCCAAUCCGCGUCCGAGGCGGCCACCUACAUGUCCCGCGCCCGCGCGGUCUUGGACGCGUUCGCGGUCGAAAUCAUCCAGCACCCGUUCCUCUACGUCACGCUCCUGGGCGCCACGGUCAUGGAACAGGUCGGUGUGAAGACGAUCAUCGCGCCCAUGACGGCCAAAGAAAGCGAGCUGAGACGGCUGAAGGGCUGGGGAAGGACUGUGGUCCGGGGGAUCGUGUCGGAGGUGAUGAUCUGCACGAAGGACGGGGUGUGCCGGGCGUUGAAGAGGGAGGACCUGGAGGACGUAGAUGACUUGGACGCCGAAGCGGAAGAGGAGAAGGGCCGAGCCCUGGGGAAGGUGGAUAGCGUCGCUUCGGUCGGGGAAUUGAGGAAGGCUGCUCCCGUUCCAGCUUCGGCGUGA